AUGAUACCGGUUGGUAAGGCGUUUACGCAUGGCAGAACCAUCAUCACGAUGCCCGUCGGGAGACUGGCUCACAAGAUUCAGCUGAGAAAUAGGACAGCGACUUUAUGGAGUAAGAACUUCUCAAGCGGCGGCCCCGCACUGCAGAAGCCCCGAGGUGACAGUGUAGUUCAACGUGUCAGCGGGAACCAUGCGGGGAGAAUGCUGUCGCGAAAGUCAGCGAUCAAGUGGGUAGUUUUGACUGGUGUUACUAUUGCAUUGAGCAGCAUCAUAUUGAAUUCGCAACAUAACGAAGGAGAUGAUGAUGAAGACACUAAGCAUCGCAGGAAAAAGCCACGGAUCAAGAUAUUUGAUAACGACUGGCUAUUUUUUUGCUAUUCUACUCUACCGCUCAAUGCACUUUCCCGUCUCUGGGGUCAAGUUAACUCUUUGACCUUACCUGUUUGGUUUAGGCCUUGGGGGUACAAAUGCUACUCAUACUUAUUCGGCGUUAAUAUGGAUGAAAUGGCUGAUCCGGACCUUAGACAUUACGCCAACCUGUCAGAAUUCUUUUAUAGAUCUAUCAAGCCCGAUGUCAGACCCAUCCAUCCUGGUGCGAACGUGGUAGUUUGCCCUAGCGAUGGUAAAGUUCUUAAGAUUGGCAUUAUAGACUCGGAGAAAGGAGAGAUUGAACAAGUCAAGGGACUGACUUACUCGAUAAAAGAUUUUUUAGGUACCCAUUCGCAUCCAUCAAUGUCAAAAAGUCAGUCUACAUUGGAUUUGCAAGCGGACGAGGAACAAGAUAGGAAGUUUGCAGAGCAGAUUAAUUUUAAACUUUCAGACGAUAGAGGCUAUGAAUCUGAGCAACCUAUUAAAAUCAAAAGAGAAGGUGACAAAGUGAUUGAGGAGUCAAAGCCUCCAAUUUCUAAAAGUUUGAAGCUCUUGAGUGAAUUAUCGCUGAUGACAGCAUACCACAUGCCUUAUAAUGAACCUAACGAUACGCAGCUAUAUUUUGCUGUGAUUUACCUGGCGCCCGGUGACUAUCACCAUUACCAUUCUCCAGUAGACUGGGUUUGUAAGCUUCGUCGUCAUUUCCCUGGUGAUCUCUUCUCAGUUGCGCCCUACUUCCAGCGCAACUUUCCUAAUCUUUUCGUCUUGAACGAACGGGUUGCUUUGUUGGGUCAUUGGAAACAUGGCUUUUUCAGUAUGACGGCUGUGGGAGCAACUAACGUUGGUUCCAUUAAGCUAAGUUUCGAUAAGGAACUAGUCACAAACGUCAAAAGAAAUAAGCACAAUGAGCCACACUCAUGUUACGAAGCUACAUACCAAAACGCUAGCAAGAUACUUGAUGGUAUGCCGCUCCUCAAAGGUGAUGAAAUGGGAGGCUUUAUGCUGGGCAGCACCGUUGUCUUAUGCUUCGAAGCGCCCAAGAGCUUUCGAUUUAAUGUUAAAGUCGGCGAUAAGGUAAAGCUCGGGCAGAAGUUGGGAACUGUAGAGUAA